CUUCAUAUCAAUGCUUUGAGCUAGGAAACAACACAAAAAUUGAUUGUUAGAAACUAGUUCAGCCCUCCUCGAUAAAGCUUCUAGGCAUUAAUCUAUCCAUGUUACUACAUGGCAAUGAUUUCUUCGACACUACUUGCCAUCCUGUAUCCCAUGUUCACACUCAUUGCUCAAGCCACCGCCCAGCAAAUGUACCUAUACCAUUCAUGUUUUAACAUUCAGGGUAACUACACCACUAACAGUACCUACGAGGCAAACCUCAGCCUUGUCCUCUCUUCCAUCUCCUCCAACACACAAGUUGAAAACGGCUUUUACCCUGAUUCUAAGGGCCAAGACCCCGACAAAGUUUAUGCAAUUGGUCUUUGUAGAAGAGAUAUUGAGCAAGAUGAUUGUCUUGGUUGCCUCAAGAACGCUUCGAGUUUUCUCCCACAACUCUGCCCAAAUCAGAAGGAGGCAAUAGGAUGGUACGAUUAUUGCAUGAUACGCUUCUCUGACCGCUCCAUAUUUGGCAUCAUGGAAAUUAAUCCCUCAAUGUUCAUGUGGAACACUGACAGCGUAUCAGCCCAAGAUGGGUACAAAAGGGUGCUUGAGACACUGUUUGAAAGCAUGAGAAGUGAAGCUGCAUCAGGUGGUAUUUCUCUCAAGUGUGCGGUGAGAACAUCAGUCGCCCCGGACUUACGCACAUUAUAUGUGCUUGUGCAGUGCACUCCUGAUUUGUCCGAGUAAAACUGCAGUGAUUGUUUAACAGAUAUUUACGGAAAUAUUCCACCUGUUGUUGGAUCGGAAGGCGGGAGAACUUAUGCACCCAGCUGUAAUUAUAGGUUUGAGACCUACUCUUUUUUUAACGUUGCUUAUGCAACAUCACCGCGGCCGCCAUUUUCGGCAUCUUCUCCUCCUCCUCCUCUGCCAAUUCCUAUAACAGGUAUGAUAAUUCUCAUGUAGGCAGCUCCGGAGCUGAGAUCGACUGCGAUAAGACAACUAAAAAAAGUUCACUUUUAAU